AUUCUAUUUAACGAAAAAUAAUAAAUUCUUAUCUAUAAUCUGUAACCUUUCAAUCUAUUAAUAUUAUCAAUUCUCGUCUUUGCGAGCAAAAGAAUAUAAGUCAAGAAUAGGAUAAAUACUCUGUAUUUUACAUUGGUGUCCUUUACUUGUGGUUCUAAUAGUACAAGUCAAUUUCAUUUCUUUUCCGCUCUUCUAUGUGAAAUUGUAGUAUACGUAUAUCAAAAGCACAAUAUAAUGGCGGGAAAACAAUAUAAAUUGUGUUGUACUAUUUCGUUCUUACUUUUCUGACUUCUGUACACUCUUUUGCCGGCUUAUGAAUAUAAAGACAAGUCAUAAAUUUGGUAUGCCCCAAAACGAAGCUUAUCUAUUUCCAGCAUUAUGCAUAUGUAAAUAUCGCUAGGAUGUAAAAUAUUGCUGUAAAUAAGACGCUUUUCAUGUGCUUCUCGCUAGAAUAUCAAUGGUAGAAUUAGGAUAUGACGGCCGCCAAUAGCGGGCGGAUGUCCGUCAUGUUUCUUGCGUUUACAGACGAAAAAGACAGGAAGACGAUGCAAAGGGAUCUAAGAUCGUAACAGAAAGAACGCCUGGCCCGAAGGCGUUAAACCGGGAAGAGUACAAUCGGGGCGCGAAGCGAUGUACGCAGCUGCGGGUGGCGCCAGUAUAGCGAAUAGGAGGAAGCAGAAACGGUUGCAGCUAAACAAACGCGUCGCCGAGGGUACGGUCCCGUCACGACUGAAGACGAUACCAGCUUCUCAGCACCACUACCACCAUCAACACCAACACCAACACCAACACCAACACCACCACCCCAGCAAGUUUGCUCGUCCGCACGUUGUUCCACCAUCUUCCACAUCACAGCCACCACAACCACCGUCAUCUGCAUUCCAUCCGAGCAUCGAUCGACGGCGUCAUGUCGAGAAGUCUCAGCAGGUUGCACCUGUUUCUCCGAUCCAAUUUCCAAUAUCGCCACCGCCGCUAUCCCUUGAGUCACCAAGUUCGGUUACUUACCCGACUAAAUCCAACAACUUCCCAUUUCCACCACCAUCGAUCCUCGAUCUCCGAGUCUCGCCAUCUUCUUCGGAGCUACAGUGUGGUGGAGGACCAGGCAAAGCAGCAUGGCAGGGAUGCAACAGACCUUCUCCCCUUCCUUUAUCUCCUAUGUCGCCUCAUGGUUGCCGUGGGGAUGGCUACAAGACAAAGCAAUGCGAGGCUCAUCGACGAUGGAUGAAAAGAAACAGAAUAAGAGACGCAAGUUAUUGCUAUGGAAGCAGUGGAGAAGAUGACGAAGAAGAUGGAAGCAGUAAUGCAAACCGUCGCAGAGGUGAAGUUAGUGCGGCAGUGAAUACCGUACUUUAUGCUGGGCUGGGAACUACAGCGCUCGGAUUAGUUAUAUCGUUUGUCGGCACUGGAGAGAAAGGAUUCCUCAGUCCGGAAUUGAGGCUGGUGGGUCCUUCACUACUGUGCGCCGGUUUACUGUGUUGCCUAUUUCGGGUGCUGCUCUGCCUCUGUCUAUGUAGUUGCGGUCAAUGCCGCUGGCGGUUUUGCCAUGUUGCUUCUGACAAGAAAGAAAAAGUGAGGAAAACGGAAGCUCAACCCGCUGGAACAUUGCCUACCGCCUCACUUUUGUCACCAGCGCAUCAACAACAGCAAUCGGCCAUGUCUUCGAGUGGCGCUGCAUCAUCAUCAACAAAAGCACAUGAGCUCUUGCUCUCUCCUGCCCAAUUACCAGAGUGAAAACACAAUUACGAACGUUUUCUACGAGAAAUCUACACGCCGAUUAACUGCCGGUUCUUGUCCAAUAUAGAAUUAUGUUAUCUCCAUUCGACCUGAACCGUACUCGCAAAAACAAAAGAAAAACAACCAUCACAGCCUAAUUCUAGUUUAAAUGCGAAUUUUAGCGCUUAAAAAUAAUAGUUAAAUAAAUAAUCGGCUAUGUUUUUCUA